UGUAAUAGUCUAAUAGACCAACUUGGUCGUUCUAAUAGAAACACUCUAAACAUCACUGUGGUGCAAUCACCUCAUGAUUGAGCUAAAUCUUUGUGAUAGGUGAUUGCUCAUACAUUGUGUUCACUCAAGAAUGUCUGUGGCUUUUGAAAGCCCAUCUUACACGUUUUAUGCUUUAUUUAUUAUCGCAUACCUAGUGUAAAAGCUGUGUUUAUAUUGGCUAAGAGCAGGUGUAUUCAAACUGAAACUGGAACCCACCUCCGUAACAUUCUGAACACUUUUUCCCGAAAAGGAAUGAGAUAAAAAUUGAACAUGCUUUUAGGUUCAGUGAGUCCGAGAUUUACGCACCUCAGGAGGCUGAAAGUUUACCAAACUCACCUUGCUAUGUCCAGUAAGUUUGGGAAGCUUCCAGCCUCCCUUGGUGCGUACAUCCCUGACCCCCUCCCUGCAAGUAUGUAUUGUAAGAUAAUACUAGCAAAGCAUUCUUGUCUAGCAUCAGGUGUAUUUUAUUUCUGACAUGUGGCAGACAACUGCCAUGCGGGUGUGAGGGUGACACCCCAGAUUUAAAGAAAUUAAAUUUUUAAGCAAAAUGAAUCCACUACCCACUGAAAUAUCACAUAUAUUGUCAGCAAACUAUAAUGUGAAAACAAUUAACUUCAAUUGUAUUACUAAAUUAAGCUGCAGUAUUUAAUUGAAGGUGAUAUACAGUCCAUAAUGUAAACAAAUACUCUAUUCUAUUAUAUAUAUAAUAAAAAAAUAACACCAUUUUGACAUAAAUAAACACACCACUUCUAAAUAAACAUGAGCUAGAGAGAAGAGUUUAUGUUCUAGAAAUAAUAGGGAACAUGCAAAAUUAGAACGCAUUUGAACUUCGUUUUUCACCUUUUCUGACACUUGGGGUUCAGAAGAAAAAGUCAAUUUUAAUAAUUUAAGUUUGCGACUUUAAAAUUUAACUUAAUUACUUAAACUUUGCGACAAUAAAAUUGCGACGGGGUAUAAUAUAUUCUUAUACGUCAUGUAAUAUUUAACGGAUGUUGGCCAUUGUCGACAGGAUUGCACCACUGUGAGUAAUCCAAGGCGACUGAGUUUCAUAUAGAACGGCAUAAAUUUAUAGUUUAUGCAUUAUACAUCCCUGUUACAAAACGUGGGUUGCGAACGUGGAAAGAGCGUUUUUUAUGAUAAGGUUUAGCCAAGCCUAAGGAGUUGAUGUCAUAUCGCGCGUUUAUGACAGUAGAUCAAUUUCUCGUGGCUGAUGAGACAAGACAAAAACUAAGCAGCUCAAUGAGCUAAUAUCAUAUGUGAUGAUGUAACUUGUAAGACGCGAUAAUGGCGGGAAAACAAUCAAAACAUCGCAUCAAAACAUGCCUCGUAACAAAUGGAUCGUUCAUACCGACGAAACUCGACAAGAGAAACAUAGAACCUGCGACAAAGAACAAGCAAAAUUUCGCCAAAAUAGAAUUCAAACGGGACGAGGGGAAAGACAAAAGUGCCGCUGAUAAAAGCGAGGAAACUUCGCCAGUUACAGAGCUGAACAAAAUUAAUACCGAUGAAGCAAAGUUAGGACGGGAACGGCAAGAAUUAGUGAAACAUUUUAACAAUAUCAUAAGUACAAGCCAAGAAACCCACCCCUCUUCCACAGUUGAAAACUCAAUGUCCUAUUGCAUCAGCGAUUUAUACAGCAAUCCCGAAUGCUCGGACAGAUAUGACGUAAUCUAUGAUCACGAUUUAGGAUUUUGUGGACGUAAAACAUCGACAUUUUGCCGAAAAAAACGCGGACAAUAUGAUCGAAAUCCAAAAAAGCAAAAAUUAAAAGAGUUUGAUUGCGUAAGCCGGCGGUAUGCGGGAAAUUUAGGCCAGAAGAAAGCGUCUCGAAAUAAAUUUUAUAACAAAAGAAAAAAAGAACAAGUUUUAAAGCGAAAUGCGGAGAGAAAGGAAAAGUUUGGGAUUCUUAAAGUAUUACAAGCAGAAGAAAUUUUUGAUGCGGAAAAUGAGGAUUUGUAUUUGUUUAACAACAACAACGACGACAACGAGGUAAACGAUUCUUCCCUCUUCCCCUACGAAGAAGGUUUUGCCCUUUGCGGUGAAAAUGCCCCUGAUGAUUUACCAGAAGAUGUAGUGGACUUUCUCCUAGGCCUACAAGACCGAGAAAUCACACCGGAAGAUUAUGAUUUGUUGUUGCGUCUUGACGCAUCUGUCCCAACGAAAACGGUCUCGGAAGAGCGUAUCGCUAGUUUGAAGCACGAGGAGGUUUUGGAGCAGCAUGUAGCAGAUAGUUGUGGUGUUUGUAUGGAGGAUUAUCAGAUUGGAGAGACACGGAAAAUAUUGCCUUGUAAACACGUAUUUCACGCGAAUUGUAUUGAUACAUGGCUAAGACACAACUCGACUAAAUGUCCGUUGGAUAAUACAGAAAUUUGAUCGAUUUUCGACAAUAUUAAAACAGUAUUAUUUAUUCUACAUUCUUAUACUUUCGUUGUGUUUGACUGUGGACAAUGUAACUAAUGCAUUGUAAAAAUAGAUAUGCAUUUUUCCAUGAUGCUGAAAAAACGUGCUUUGUACUAAAAUAGAUAAAUUGAUAUUAAUAAAAUAAUUAUUAUUUUCAAUAGGUUGUUUGCUGGA